AUGUCGUUAUCGCCAUACUUCCUUGCGCUAUUGCUACUCGUCGGGUAUCUAGCCUACUCAUUCAUCAUCUAUCCACGAUGCAUCUCGCAUCUGGCAAUCCUCCCUGUCCCUCACUGGUCCUGUCACUUUUCAAGCUUCUGGAUCCUGCGGGCGCGAAAACGCGGCACAGAGAAUGCAUCCCUGCGAGAUGCGCACCGGCGUCUAGGCAACAUUGUACGGGUGUCGCCCGAUACCAUCAGCGUCGACGGCGUGGAUGCCAUGAGGGUUAUUUAUCAGGGCGGCUUUCCAAAGGCACCGUGGUACCGCAUCUUUGACAAUUACGGGGUGCCUUGCAUGUUCUCGACGCUUGAAUCCAAGGCACAUUCAAAACGGAAAAGAAUGAUUUCCAACGUGUACUCCAAGUCAUUCGUUUUAUCUUCGGAAGCGGCAAAGGCUCAGGGCCAUACAAUCAUGUUUGGCCGUUUACUGCCGCUUUUAAACGACGAAGCUCACAAGGAUCCUCCAAAGGGCACUGAAGUGCAAUCGCUUUUCAUGGCUACGACCAUGGACAUGAUAUCGGCUUACAUUUUUGGAUUGGCGCACAGUACCAAUUUCCUACAGGACAAGGCUUAUCGUGACCAUUGGCUGGAUCUCUAUUUAUCGCGCCACCAUCAUCAUUUCUGGCCGCAGGAGCUUCCCUUUUUCACGGCCCUCCUCAAAAGAAUUGGUGUCCGCUUGUAUCCUACGUUUGUCGACAGGGCCAACGAUGAGCUGCGAGCUUGGAACAAAUCUCGGUGUGAAAAUGCAGGCCGACAAGGCUCUGGAGAGGUUGAGCACCCUGAUCCGGCGAAUACCGCAGUCGUCUUCACUGCCAUGCAUCAAGGCAUCGAGAAGGAAGAGAAGAUUGAAGGUGACAACUCCAUCCUGUUCCAGACAACAAUUCAGCAGCGAGACGCGUCCAUUGCGAGCGAAAUUCUUGACCAAGUUCUCGCGGGCCACGAAACGGCCGGCAUUGUUCUGACGUAUGCAUCAUGGCACUUGUCCAAAUCCCACCACUUGCAAGAGCAGCUGCGGCAGGAACUAUCAUCAUCGCUCUCUUGCAGAGAACAGGUUCUGCCCGAUGCAAAAAGAUUAGAUGGUUUACCUCUUUUGAAUGCCAUUGUCAUGGAAACUCUGCGGCUGCAUGCCCCGAUACCCGGUCCACAGCCGCGCGAGACACCGUAUCCCGGAUGCCAUGUGGAGGGAUACUUUAUCCCAGGUGGUGUUCGCAUCGCAUCCUUGGCUCAUACGUUGCAUCUAAACGAAAGUGUAUUCAUUAAGCCUGACACCUGGGACCCGAACAGGUGGCUCCAGGGCAGCAACCAGGACGUGAUGAGGCGCCACUUUUGGGCCUUUGGCAGUGGUGGGAGAAUGUGUAUUGGAUCCAACUUUGCACUACAAGAGAUGAAGCUCGUUCUUGCCGUCAUUUAUGCCAAUUUUACUACCAGCAUCGUGAAUGACAAUGGCAUUGAGCAGACAGAUGGCUAUUCUGCACGGCCAAAAGCAGAUCAACUGUUUCUCAGAUUUCACAAGAUUACUGAAACAGUUUAA